CCAUCAGUACUGCUUUAGUGCAUUUUCUACCGGAAGGGAAAUAAACGAGACACCUUCAAAUUAAGCCGAGAGGCUAACAAAAAAUAAGCUUACAGAUCUCCCCAAAUUUUAAGCGCUUGCAGGUUGUUGUGGGCUACUCGAAGCUAAAAGUUGUUAAAAUAAUGGCGAAUGAGGGCAGCAGUGAUGCUUCAUCUGCAAGAAAAGCCUCAAUCACUCACGUAAUCUUUGACAUGGACGGCCUUCUUCUAGACACGGAGAAAUUCUAUACGGAGGUCCAGGAGAUUAUACUUGCUAGGUAUAAUAAGACUUUUGAUUGGUCACUCAAGGCAAAGAUGAUGGGGAAGAAGGCGAUAGAGGCUGCCAGGGUCUUUGUUGAAGAGACAGGAAUAAGUGAUUCACUUACAGCUGAAGAUUUUCUUGUAGAAAGAGAGGAAAUGUUGCAGAAAAUGUUUCCCACAAGUGACCUCAUGCCAGGGUCCAGCCGCCUGAUUCAUCACCUUCAUGCAAAUGGAAUACCAAUUUGUGUUGCUACGGGUACACACACGCGGCAUUUUGACUUGAAAACUCAAAGAUAUGGUGAACUUUUUUCACUGAUGCAUCAUAUCGUUCGCGGUGAUGAUCCAAAAGUUAAACAAGGAAAGCCAUCACCUGAUAUAUUCCUUGCAGCUGCAAACAGAUUUGAGGGUGGACCAGUAGAUCCACAGAGGAUUCUUGUAUUUGAGGAUGCGCCCUCAGGUGUCCUUGCAGCCAAGAAUGCUGGAAUGUCAGUGGUUAUGGUUCCAGAUGCAAGGUUGGACAGUUCAUAUCAUGAAGUUGCUGAUCAGGUUUUGAGUUCUUUACUUGAUUUCAACCCAGCCGAUUGGGGGUUGCCUCCAUUUGAAAAUUCAUCAAACAAAUCCUAAAGUUCCCAAACCGAGCCAUAUUAUGAGUUCAAAACUCAAUUUUAUUAUAGAGUUUCAUGCUUGACUCAUUAUUUCAGAUACUUAAGGUCCAUUUCUGUUAAAAUGAAGAAACUGAAGAUUUGUGUCCGUAAUUUGUUUUCCUUUGAUAUCGGCAAACCCCAUUUCCCCACCCACAGCAGCCAAGUGGCCAUUUUAAUUUCCACUUUGUUCCCUUGGUGGAAGGAACUUCCUACUUCUUUCUUGAAGGUGGCUCAUAUGUCUCAGAUCAAACAUCAAAGAAUGGAAAUUUGGAAUAAUGGAUGUGAUUUUUCAUCAAUCUCUCAAGAAAGUCAUCUUUGAAGCUGUUAAUGUAUUUCCGGAAAUUAGAAAAGCAAGAAUUCAAGCAGAUGAUAGCAUAACAAUUAAAGGAAAGCCACGAAGGGGAUAUGAUUGGAUCAGAAGGAACCACGACGCCACCAUAUUAUAUUAAAUGCACUGGUCCUUCCAACAUUUGAGCUCGCUUCGGCUGAAGAAGCCCUCCGGAGUCUGUACACCCCCCAAAUGAGCGCAGGUACUUACUGAGUGCGAGUGCCGAGUGCCAAAUCUCGACUAAUUUCAUCGAGUAUCUACUACAUCCUAUCAAUAUAGGUACCAAAUAACUUUGUCUAUAAUAACUUGGACAUAUGAGAAAAAAUCACCAAGCAUUUUUGCCUCGGCUCAGAUUUGAAACUAAGACCACAUGAUUCUCAACCCAUUUCAUUGACCGUUAUAUCAAACCCUUGGGUGCCGUAUGUUUUAGUUGUUUAAGAUGUAGCAAUCUAAAGACAUUUAUUGGUGCAACUGAAAAACGUGAAUUUCUAUGUGAUUAACGUAGCUAAGUUGUAGUAGAUUA